AAGCCGGAUCUUUCUUUCUCGCGCAGCAGCCGAGGCUCUGGAAGGUUCUGACGGGAAUUCACUUCAAUCCAGUUCCAUCCGAGGCCAAACUUUACUGCUGAAUCCCCGGGCUCCAAUCAGUCCUGCCCUUAAGAAUCCCGUCAAUAUUUACCAUCGUAUCUAUCUAAAGGCGUGAUGCCCGAAGCCAUGGCCGGACAGAAAGACUCAAGCGGAGGCAAAAACAAAGGAGGGGCGUAUGUGGACCGCGACAAGCCGGCCCAGAUCCGUUUUAGUAAUAUUUCUGCUGCCAAAGCUGUUGCAGAUGCCAUCAGAACCAGUCUUGGACCCAAAGGAAUGGACAAGAUGAUCCAAGAUGAAAAAGGUGACGUGACUAUUACCAAUGAUGGAGCCACUAUACUGAAGCAGAUGCAGGUGCUCCACCCUGCAGCGAAAAUGCUGGUAGAACUGUCCAAAGCACAGGACAUUGAGGCUGGAGAUGGCACCACCUCUGUAGUUGUGAUUGCUGGAGCCCUGCUCGAUGCCUGCUCCAAACUGCUGCAGAAAGGUAUCCACCCCACUAUCAUCUCGGAGUCCUUCCAGAAGGCUGUCGAUAAAAGCGUAGAGGUUCUGACCAACAUGAGCCGACCAGUGGAACUGAGUGACCGCGAGACACUUCUCAACAGUGCCACCACAUCCUUGUGCUCCAAGGUGGUGUCGCAGUACUCGAGCCUGCUGGCACCCAUGAGCGUGGAUGCUGUCAUGCGAGUCAUCGACCCAGCUAUGGCCACCAGCGUGGACCUGCAGGACAUCAAAAUCAUCAAGAAACUUGGAGGGACCAUUGAUGACUGUGAGCUGGUGGAAGGGUUGGUGCUGACCCAGAAGGUGGCCAACACUGGUGUGACUCGGGUUGAAAAAGCCAAGAUCGGCCUUAUCCAAUUCUGUCUGUCACCUCCCAAAACUGAUAUGGACAACCAGAUUGUGGUGUCAGACUAUGCCCAAAUGGACCGCGUGCUGCGGGAGGAGCGUGCCUACAUCCUAAACUUGGUGAAACACAUCAAGAAAGCAGGCUGCAACGUUCUGCUCAUUCAGAAGUCAAUUCUCAGAGAUGCAUUGAGCGACCUCGCUCUACACUUCCUCAACAAAAUGAAGAUCAUGGUGGUGAAGGACAUUGAAAGGGAGGACAUUGAGUUUAUCUGUAAGACUAUCGGUACCAAACCCAUCGCCCAUAUCGACUACUUCACAGCAGAGAUGCUUGGCACAGCAGAGCUGGCAGAGGAGGUCAGCCUGGAUGGCUCGGGUAAACUGGUGAAGAUCACAGGCUGCAGCAGCCCUGGAAAAACUGUGAGCAUUGUGGUCCGAGGCUCCAACAAGCUUGUGAUUGAGGAGGCAGAACGCUCCAUUCACGACGCAUUGUGUGUCAUCCGAUGCCUGGUCAAGAAGAGGGCUCUGAUAGCUGGAGGUGGAGCUCCAGAGAUCGAGCUGGCUGUGCGUCUGUCAGAGUACUCUCGGACCCUGGGGGGCAUGGAGGCCUACUGUGUGCGGGCGUACGCCGAUGCCCUGGAGGUGAUCCCCUCUACACUUGCUGAGAAUGCAGGUCUGAACCCCAUCUCUACUGUGACGGAGCUUCGUAACAGACACUCACAGGGAGACAAGAUGGCCGGCAUCAACGUUCGCAAGGGGGGAAUCUCCAACAUCCUGGAGGAGCUGGUGGUUCAGCCUCUUCUGGUUUCCAUCAGUGCUGUGACCCUGGCCACAGAAACGGUCCGCAGCAUCCUCAAAAUUGAUGAUGUGGUGAACACUCGGUAGGUCUGUCCUUUCAGUUCAGUCAGUAGACCCGAUCAUUCUGCGAGGGAUCACAGAACUUUGUCAUCAGUCUGCCUAGAKUUCCACUGUAGUAGCUACUUCGCACAAGUUAAUAAAGUGGCUUGUUUUGUUGAUGCUCCAGA